AUGUUAGCGAACAUAGAUGCUACUGCAGCGUAUAUAGAUGAUAUAAUCGUUGGGGGCUCUACAUGGGAAAACCAUCUACAAAAUUUAUUCAAGGUCUUGCAAAGACUAAGAGAGUACAACUUUCACGUAAAGUUGGAAAAAUGUAAAUUUUACGCGGCGGAGGUUAAAUAUUUGGGCAAUAUUGUUUCACAGUGUGAACUACGUCCAGAUCCAGAUAAAAUCAGCGCAAUACUGAAGAUGCCACCGCCUACAAACAUUUCAGAACUACGAGCAUUUUUGGGUAGCGUAAAUUAUUACGGGAAAUUCGAUCGCAGCAUGAGCAGUGUGAGGGCACCUCUGGACGCACUACUUCAUGAUAAUAUGAACUUUGUAUGGACAUCGCAAUGUCAACAAGCUUUCGAGAAGUUCAAAAGCAUUUUGCAGUCCGACUUACUGCUCACGCAUUAUAAUCCGGAUCUUCCCAUAAAAGUGGCAGCAGAUGCGUCGGGCAAAGGCAUUGGAGCUUUCAUUUGUCACAUCAUGCCAGAUAGUACCGAAAGAGUUAUUGCGCACGCAGCAUGUACAUUAAGUUCAACCGAGCAGAAAUAUUCUCAGAUUGAGGAGGCGCUGUUUCAUAGAUAUAUUUUCGGACGAAGAUUUAUAUUGUGGACAGAUCACAAGCCAUUACUAUCCAUCUUUGGUAGUAAAAAGGGUAUUCCCGCACAUACUGCAAAUAGACUACAGAGGUGGGCACUUAUCCUCAUGCGGUAUGAUUAUGAACUACAGUACGUUAAUACGAAAAAUUUUGGGUGCGUGGAUACUCUAUCCAGGCUGAUGGAUAAAAAUGAGCAUGAAGAUAUGGUCAUAGCAUGCACGCAACUGGAACAAGAGAUAUUGGCCGAACUCAACGACCAAAUCAGGAAACUUCCAGUCACGUUUAGUAUGGUACUAAAAGCUACAAGCAAAUGUAAGCAACUAGAAGCAGUUUUGAAAGCAUUGAAGUCUGGAUGGCCAGCGAAUGUGCCGUACGAUCUACUUCCUUAUCAUAGACGCAAAGAUUCUUUGAGUGCAGUGAGAGGAUGUCUACUUUUCGGAGAGCGGAUUAUUAUCCCAGAUUGUCCGCGAAAACGCGAUUUAUGCCAAUUACAUCGGGGACACCCUGGAAAGGAGAGAAUGCAAUCUAUAGCGAGAAGGCAUGUUUUUUGGCCUGACAUAGACGAAGAAAUCGUGUAG